AUGGCCGAGCCCAUUCCCAACAAGCGUGCGGGUGCCGACCCUAUCGCGCCUACACCCCAGAACACACCGGCACAGCAUGCCCCCAUCACUUCGCAUGCCCAACAGCCUGGUGUUGACAGUAUCAAGGAGGAGGAUUUCACCGCCGCUUCCAUCUUUGCUCAAAACCCCAAGCUCGUUCAGAUGAUCCAAGGCCGUCUUGGCACAUUGGUCGGUCGCUCCUCGGGCUACAUCGAGUCAUUGCCUCCCCAAGUGAAGCGCCGGGUGGCUGGCCUGAAGGGUAUCCAAAAGGAACACUCUAAGCUCGAGGCCGAAUUUCAAGAGGAGGUCCUUGAGCUGGAGAAGAAGUACUUCGCCAAGUUUACCCCGCUGUACCAGAAGCGUUCUGCCAUCGUUAACGGCUCAACGGAGCCAACCGAGUCCGAGAUCGAGGCCGGCGAGGAGAGUGACGACGUCGAUGAGGAGGGCGAGAAGAAGAAGGAGACCAAGACGGAAGAGACAGCUGCCAGCGAGGCUUCUGAUGUCAAGGGUAUCCCAGAGUUCUGGCUGUCCGCCAUGAAGAACCAGAUUUCUCUGGCCGAGAUGAUCACCGAUCGCGACGAGCAGGCUCUCAAGCAUCUGACUGAUAUCCGGAUGGAGUACCUCGACAAACCCGGCUUCCGCCUGAUCUUCGAGUUUUCGGAGAACGAGUUUUUCAGCAAUAAGACCAUCUCCAAGACUUACUACUACCAGAAUGAGUCCGGCUACGGUGGUGAUUUUAUCUACGACCACGCCGAGGGUGACAAGAUUGAGUGGAAGGGUGACGACAAGGAUUUGACUGUGCGCGUCGAGCAGAAGAAGCAGCGAAACAAGAACACCAAGCAAACACGGAUCGUUAAGAAGACCGUGCCUACCGAGUCUUUCUUCAACUUCUUCUCGCCACCGAAGGCACCUACCGAGGAGGAUGACGACGCAGCCUCAGACAUCGAGGACCGUCUCGAGCUGGACUACCAGCUUGGUGAGGACAUCAAGGAGAAGCUGAUCCCCAGGGCGAUUGACUGGUUUACUGGUGAGGCUCUUGCCUUCGAGGAGAUGGACGAGGACGACAUGGAGGACGACUUUGAAGAUGAGGACGAUGAUGAUGACCUUAGCGAGGAUCACGAUGACGACGAGGAGUCUGAUGACGACGAUGAUGAUGCUUCCAAGCCGAAGCAGGAGGCCGCCGAGUGCAAGCAGAGCUAG